AUGUGGAAAGGUAUUGAGGGCUCCAGCAAGGAGAUAUGGAAGGUAGGUAACAUUUCUGUCAUUCAAUUUGUUAGAUUAUCACCCCCCUCCACCCCUCCUCCCUCCCUGGAAGAGAUGUACUUCAGUAUGUGAGCUUAGAGAGUCCUUUAAAAUAAUGGACUUAUUUGUAUGUUUAUCCUCCAGAAUGGAUGUCAGGUGCUUACCUGGGUAUUUGAGCUUGGAGAGUUCUGUGAGUUAAUGGCUUAUUAUUAACUGUUGAUCCUCAGGAGAGAUGUCAGGUGUUUACCUGGAUAAAUGAGCUCGGGGAGUCCCUUGAGGAGAUCAAGAGACGUCUCCUCGAGAUGAUGCUGCACAACUGUAUGACGGACAUUCGAAGUUCUGGUGUCCAGACUCCACUGGCCCUCUCAGAAAAUGUCAUCAAACUCAUC